CUGCGCCCUGCAUCCUUGCCCCAGAUCCCCUGCUUGCUGCGCCUGCAUGCUUCUGCUCCUGCACUCUGCGCCCAGCGCCUGCACUUUCCCCUUUGCGCCCAGGCUGCACCGAGCCUGCACCCCGAUCACACCCAGAUUUCCUUGCUCUGCGCCCCCUGCUGCGUUGACCCUGCUGCUGUGCAUGAGACAAACCUGCAGGAUGACAUCACGCCCAGCUUUCUUGGCUGUUCUGCAGGGCCAGUUUUGGCCUCACCCGAUCAACGGUAAAAAAAAAAAAAAAAUUUGAGGGGUUUGGAUGAGGAGAGAAAGGGGGGGGUUAGGGUUUUGUUUGAUGGGGUAUAAAUAGGAAGGAUCGGUAAAUUGAAAAGGGAGAGUUCUCUUGGUUGUUCUUUUUGGUCUAAGUUUGGGAUUGCCGGAGGUGAUAGCAAGAGAAAGGAGAUCACCGGAGGAGACUGUUCAUUUCCUUGGUUUUUGUUGUCUUAGGUAAACUUUCUGAUCAGAGGAAGUUUUGGGGACGGUGGUGAAGGAAAGGUUGGAGCUUGAUCCCGUGGGUGGGAUCCCUCCCUCCGAUCCUGAUCUGUUUUCUCCCAGACUUUCGCCAUGGUUGUUUUAAUUUCUUUGUGUUGAUGUACUGCAUUUGUAUUUGAGGUUGAUAUCGCGAAUGAAAUCAAGCAUUUUCUUUUUAAUUUCAUGGAUCUGAAAUCAAUUGGAUGAAUGUUUGUUUUUCUUUGUUUGUUUUGGUUGAACAGCUGAAUAGUAGCCUUAAGUUCCAUUUCGUUUCUUUCGAGAUUCCCUUUCUGUUCGACAUUUGAUCUUUUUUUUUUUGGCACAUUGAUUAAAUGUGUUUACUGGCAAUAAGAUGUAAUUGGUGAUGAACUUUAAAUUUCUCUUUAUGUCUUUUGGAUUUUAGUUUUGUUGAAGAUUUGAUCUGUUUUUGUUUUUAUCUGUUUCAAAGGAUGUGUUUUUCCCGACGAGCGGUUGGAUCAAGUGGUAAGCGGCUUGUUCCAGCUUAAGUAAGGUCUCGAGUUCGAGUCUUUGCGUAUGCAGCAGCCUUCCUUGGGAGACUGACCCACCAUUUUCAGGUA